UUAAAUUCCACACAUCAAAAACCAUUCUAUUCACUUCUUAUUCCAAAUUCAUCUUAAUUAUCCUCUUUGUUUUUGCUUUCACUUUUCAGUGCAAAUUAAUUAACAUUAUGGGUGUCACAACCUAUACUCAUGAGGCAUCAACCACAGUUGCCCCAACUAGAUUAUUCAAAGCUUUGGUUCUUGAUGCAGAUAACCUUAUUCCAAAAUUGAUGCCACAAGUUGUUAAGAACAUUGAGACUGUCGAAGGUGAUGGUGGUGUUGGAAGCAUCAAGAAGAUGAACUUUGUGGAAGGUGGUCCAAUAAAGUAUUUGAAGCACAAGCUUCAUGUGAUUGACGACAAGAACUUGGUAACCAAAUACUCACUAAUCGAAGGAGAUGUUCUAGGAGACAAAUUGGAAUCCAUUACCUAUGAUGUUAAAUUCGAAACCUCUGCAAAAGGAGGUUGUAUUUGCAAGACAUCAACUGAGUACCACACAAAAGGUGAUUAUGUUUUUAAGGAAGAAGAACAUAAUGAAGGCAAAGAGAAAGCCAUGGAACUUUUCAAGGUUGUUGAAGACUACCUUCUUGCCAAUUCUACCGUCUAUGCCUAAAUGGUGUCUGAGUCAGUUUGCGUCCAGCUCGGCUAAUUCUAUGAGAUAUCAGCUUAUGAUUAUGGAGUUUUAUGAAACUCAUUUUAGAGUUUUUUUGGUUUGAAAUACUUGAGUUUUUACCAUCAUAGUGUUUUGAGUGUGUGCUCUUUCCAAAUAUGUAAUGGAAAGAACUUUAAAUAAAGAAUAUCGCAAGUUUGUACUGUACUUUUCAAAUGCUUGUACUGAAACUAUAAUUCUUGUUCAAUAUAUAUAUAUGAUGCUCAAGGCAUGAUUUCUGAA